AUGUCCUUCAGGGCCCCCUCAACUUCCGCUUUUUCGUUUGGACUUUGCGAAGGCAAAAUUCGAAACUGUUGGGAAGUCCAGGACAAAGAAAAUGAUGCAAAAAGCGAUUUGUUUAAAUCCGUAAUUCCGAAAAUAAAUAAAUACCUGGCAAAGCUGCAGCAAAUGUACAAAGCCCAAAUCACCCAGAGCCUGCAGGGGCCCCUGAGGGGCCCCCUGUUGGACUUGUCGGGGGCCCCCCUUGCAGCUCAGGAAGAGGGAAAAGAAGAAAUAAAAGAAAUAAAGGAAGAAGUAAAAGAAAUAAAAGAAGAAAUGAAAGAAGAGGAGACAAAAGAAACAAUGGAAGAGGAUGAGAAGCAGUGGGAGGAACUUUGGGAAGAAGGCUUUCGAGAAAUUGGCGAAAACAGCAGCAGCUGA